AUGGCUCUAAAUCCAACGCUAAUUCAAGGGCAAGAAUUUUUAUUCCCAGCGAACAAGGGAUCUGAAUUCACGUAUUUAAGAAGGGAAGAUGUUAAAAUGAAACUAUACUUACCAGAUAGAACGAUAAAGGAAGAUGGGAUGAUAUUUCUAACGAGCAUACGUUUGGUAUUUAUUAAGAGUGAACGAAGUAGAACGAACGCAAAUUUCAUAUCUGUAGAAUUACCAUUAAAUCUAAUUGAGAAACCUAAAUUUGAACAACCAGUAUUUGGUUUGAAUUAUCUCUCUGGUAUUGUAAAGCCAUCAGUUGAUAACCCCAAUAGUUUGAAAAGUCCAUGCAAAUGGAAUAUAGUUUUUCUGAAUGGACAAUGUAGUAGUUUCCUUAACUAUUUCUUUAAAGUAUAUGAAGCAGCAAAAAAAAAUAGACCUUUAGGAACCUUAAGUGAAUUUAAUGAACAAUUUUUCUCAAAUAGCAAUGCAUAUGUGGAUCCUAGUGACCCAACCUUUUUAUAUAUAAACGAACCUAACCCUGAAAGUUUAUAUAAUGCUCAAGGCACGACACAAAAUCAUUACAUUCCUCAGAAUAACCAAAAAAACGAAGAUGUACCAGUAUAUAAAAGGCCAUAUGUGCCUCAACAUAAUAAUAGUAAUAGUGUGAAUAAUAUACCAUCAUAUAAUCAGCAGAAUUAUAUGGGAAACUACGAUUCUGCUAGCAGUAGAGGGUCCUUUAGUCACCAACCAUAUCCACCAAGUGGUGCUAACGCGAGUCAGGCGAGCCCAAAUUGUGGUAGUCAGAAUUGUGGUAGUCAAAAUUGCGGCAGUCAAAAUUACGGCAGUCAAAAUUACUGCAGCCCAAAUUACGGUAGUCAAAAUUAUUGCAGCCCAAAUAGUGACAUAUCACAGCACUAUAACUAUCAAGAUAACAGGUCCACAUAUGCGAAUCAGGAAAAUACCAUGUCUCACUAUAAUCAGCACAGUAAUUUUAUAAAUUAUGAUCAAAUAAAUAACAGAAAUAUGCAUGACCAUCAAAAUGGCAAUGCGAUAUCUUAUAAUCAACGAACACAACAACCUUUACAUAAUCAGCCAAAUAAUCAACAGUUCAAUCCUGCUUAUAAUGAACAAUUUAAUAAUAUACAUAAUCAGAACAACACUAUCCCAUCUUACACUGAGCAAACGACAUAUCAGUUGAAUCAGAAGAAUGGUGAAUAUAAUGGUAAUCAAAAUGGACAAUCAAAAUAA